CUUUUACGCACAUAGGGCGCAAUUUAGACACAGUAAGGUGGUACAAAACUCAAUUAUUUUUAAAAUAAAGGCCAUUCUAGUCAAUUUACAGCUCCACCAAGGUCAGCUCCAUCAAACCAUUAAAGCCUCGAAGCUUCACUCUUCAAUGGUGUAGACUGAGAAUGUUGGAGGUUCAGGUUUAGGGUUUCCUGGAACCUUGAUUUCGGUUCCAACUUUUGCUUCGAGUAGAGCCAUGGCUGCCACAAGCUGCUUCUCUCUUCUGCGGAAUUCGCUGACACUACGAGCUCUCCAGAAUGCCAAAACCCCCUUCGUGUUCUCCAGCAAUCUCGCCCACCAAACUUAUGCUGGUCUUCCUCUUCUCCCCGGGAGAACCUUGUGCCAUAUAAGAGCAACUAAUGAUGAAGAGGCUUCAGCCAGAGCUGCUGCAGCCAGUGCUGACAGUGGAGCUCCAACCAUAUUUGACAAGAUCAUAGCCAAGGAAAUCCCUUCAACCAUUGUUUACGAGGAUGAGAAAGUCUUAGCAUUUAAGGAUAUAAACCCCCAAGCUCCUGUACAUGUUUUAGUUAUUCCCAAGUUUAGAGAUGGCUUGACACGGCUCAGCAAGGCUGAACCACGUCACAGUGAAAUAUUGGGUAAUCUCCUCUAUGCUGCAAAAAUAGUAGCAGAGAAGGAAGGCAUCCUUGAUGGAUUUCGUGUUGUCAUCAAUGAUGGUCCCAGUGCCUGUCAAUCUGUUUAUCAUCUCCACUUGCAUGUAUUAGGAGGGAGACAAAUGAAAUGGCCACCCGGUUGAAGAACUAAGGAUGCCAAAAGAGAUAUAUUUUUUUUCCAAAUUUCCUGCCCUUUUCCCAUUCAUUUCUUUGAUAAUCUGAUAUUGUUAGUGCAUCAAGGACCUUGGAUCCAGUACUCACGAAAAUAAACUCCGACCAAAUUGCUCCAUUUUUGUCACAUGUGAAGUCAACAAUAAAGACGCCUGCCUGAUAGAGUAGAGUUAAUUUCAAA